GCACCUCUGCUGUAGCUAGUUAACGUUAGCAUGCUAACUAGUUAGUGACAAUAUAGUCAUACGUUAAUACAAACGUUAUCUUGUUAGCCAACUGCCCAUCAUAGCAUGGCACACAACUGUAACUCUGCACAAUCCCUCACCGUGUUUGGUUUGUGCUUGUAGAAAGAUUUUUAUACAGUCUCUAUGGUAACAAGGCACGUUGUUGUGGCAACGGAGAACAACUUUGUUCUUCCGGUUAACAUGGGAACUUGUUCAGGUCAUAUCCGAGAUCAUAUGGGGGGUUGACCGACCACUGUAUACAGUGGUAUGGGCUAACCAGCUAGCCGGAUAUAAUGAUUGACGUGAUAGUUAUAGAUAGUUUCAACAAAUACGUUAUAGUUAGAAUACCAGUCUUAGUUUUUUUGCGUGGCGUCGCUAAAAUUAAUGUACACGUUAACUAGAUUUCUUGUGAGACCUUUCACAAACUCAAGCCACACUGCACGUGGUUGGAGUUGUUUGACAGCUAAUGCGGACGGCUAAUACUGUACAUAGGCAGUUUGCUGUAACAGUUAGCUGAUAAGCUUAGUAAAAGGAUGGCUUCCAAGUCCGAUAUCAUGACGACAGCCGAUGGAAAUUUGUCCAGACCAAAGGAGGAUAGCGGAGCCCUCGUGAAAGAGCAAUUAGGCUCCCCCGAAAGCCUCAAAAUAUCAUCUUUAAAAAAUGAACAGGAGAAACGACCUCUCCAUGGCUUGAAAUUGGCAUCCCACGAUGUGCUGGAAAGAGCGCAAUUGACGGGAAGAUUGAAAUGUCCCAAAUGUAGUGGUUCAAGGAUGUUUUAUUGUUACACGUGUUUCUCUUUAGUAGGUGUGGCCCAGCAGGAAAUCCCCACAAUCAAGCUUCCUGUUAAGAUAGACAUCAUCAAGCAUCCCAAUGAGACGGAUGGGAAAAGCACCGCAGUACACGCGAAACUCAUAGCGCCCGAUGACGUCACCAUAUACACCUACCCUUGUAUCCCAGAGUAUGAAAGUGAAAAACACAAUGUUGUUUUAGUGUUUCCGGGUCCAGGUUCAAUAACCAUUGAAGAAAUGUCAGAGCAGCUACUGAAGAGGACUGUUUGUCCACUAAAGGAGCCCUGCCCAAAGAGACAAAAGGUAGACAAGGACUCAAAGGAGACACAAAGUGCAGAGAGUGAACAGAGUACUCCGCUGCAGAGAGUCAUCUUUAUUGACAGCACCUGGAAUCAGACCAAUAAAAUAAUCACAGAUGAACGGCUACAAGCCUUGCUUCAGGUUGAACUGAAGACGAGGAAGACGUGUUUCUGGCGCCAUCAGAAGGGAUCCCCAGACACUUACCUGGCAACAAUCGAGGCCAUUUAUUACUUCCUGAAGGACUAUCAUGUGCAGUGCUUGUCACAGCAGUAUCAGGGCGAAUACGACAACCUGCUUUUCUUCUACUCCUACCUCCAUCAGCUGAUUAACAAAGCCAAGCACAGUGCUGGCAAACUAUAAAUCAAGACAUCUUCAUCUGUCAACCACCAGACUACUCAUUAAUGGCUUCUGGACACCAGGAAAUGGCUCACAGAAAGCAAUAGGACAGUUGAGCACUGUAAAAAUGUUUAUUCUUGGUUGUGAUCUAUUCAGAUGGAUUAUGAAGACGAAUGGUUCCCCCACCUUUAUUUGGAUGAAAUGUUAUAUGAACAGUAUGUAACCUAUUUGGAUGAUGGCAUGGCGUCUUUUGCUAAACCCCUAUGCUGGGGGUUCUGUUCUGUUGAGUUUAUGGGGCAUUCUCUUUUAAUUAAAGUUGUAGAUUCAUUAAUCAUCA